AUGAUUUCGCGGCCCGCUGGAUGGUGUCUGUUGUUCUUGGUGUGUGGUGUGUAUUCGGCUUCGUUCAAGGUCGAAGUUCAGAGAGUUUUGAGUAAGAUUUUUGAUGAGAAAUUGCGAUAGUUGGGCUCUUUUUACGCUUCGCUGAGAAGGUGUACCUAUCCCGUGGAAAAUUGCAGGAUCUAAGGUUUGGUAAGAGGUAUCAAAAAACUGUUGAUGCCAUUCGAAAGAGCAUCUCGAGUAUCCUAUUAUCGCCUAAAAUCAGUAAUACAUAUAGUAGUUUCAAAGGAGUCAAAAAAACUCGCAUAAAAACUCGAUUUUGGUCAUCAAAAUCGCUCGCUGUAGCUUUACUCUGCUAAAUCAACUCUUUUCAUGGCAUAAUUUCUGCUUAGCAUUUCCUACUUUCAUUUCUAAAAAUAAUAGAGACCUUCCCCAAAACGUAUUUUACCCGCAAAAAUCGUAAUUUUUCCACUUACAGCCAACAAGUCCAGUGUAAUUUACGAUGUCUACGGCCAACGUCUCAACAGCCGCAAUAACAUGGAGUAUCGGGGCCGCAUGACCCUCGGCGACCCUCCACAAGAGUUCAACGUCGUCUGCGACACUGGAUCCGAUAUUCUUUGGGUGCCGAAGGAGGGAUGUAAGUCCGCGGGUCCGCUAGUGAAGAAAUGCCCGAACACCGAUGUGUAUUCUCCUGGAGCGACGGCGGAGAACACAGAAAUCCUUUUAAAAUCGAGUAUGGAACAGGAUCAGCGAUUGGGACCUAUUACAAGGGAUUUUUUGCGGUGAGUUUUUUGGGAUUUUUGGAAAAUUUUGAAUUUUUUUUUUGAAAUUCAAAAAGGCUUUUUGUCUAGAAAUUUUCUAAAUUCUAGUAUGUACUGCCUUCCGAAGCACAGAAAAUAAGUUUUUUAACCCAUAACUGAAAAUUUGAAUAAUAAAAAAAUUUGAAUAUUCAAAAAAAUUAAUUAAAUUUUUUCAUUUAGUCUUGCUAAAAACUUGUCAAAAUGUCAAAACUUAAUGGCCAUUUUCAUUUUUUUACACCCUAAAAUACCCAAUUUAAAAUCAAAAAACCCCAUUUCCAGUUCGGCGCCAAGGACGGAAAAUAAUUGAAAUUCAAGAACAAGGUGACUUUCGGCGCUGGAAAACGGAUGACAUUCAGUGACGAAGGUAUCCUCGGACUCUCCUUCCCCGACGCCGGCAAAAAGGGAACCAACAUUUUCGACGAGGCCGUCAAACAAGGCCUCAUGGACAAGCCAAUUUUCACGGUCUACAAGAAGAAAUGCAAUGGUAAUUGCGAGGAUGGAGGUGUUAUUACCUUCGGUGACUAUGACAAAGAGCAUUGUUGCAAUGUCAAGGGAUAUGUCGAUAUUAUCCCCAAUGCAGUUGAUUGGAAAUUUAAGUUGGAUGGAGCGAGAGGUACGUGGAUUUUUGGGGUGAAAAAAGUAAUCAGAAAUAUGUUAAAGUAGAAAGGAAUAUGUUUUACUGACAUUUUGUACAAAUUUAGAAGGCAUUUUCUUCAAAUAUUGGACUGAUUUUUGGCUUGCGAGUUGCUGAAAAAGCUGAGAUCUUUUGGUCGAAAAAUGUCGAAAAUUGAAUUCUUUAAAACUUUUUGGAAACAAAAAGCAAGUUUCAAAAGAGAGUUUUUGACAACUCGAAGGAUGGUCCGGACAUUUCGAAAAAACGACCAACUCAGAAUCUUUUGAUAUUUUGCAUAGUUGUUGUGGUUGUCCAACAAAUAAUGACCCUCUUCGAGAGGGGUAAAGUCUAAAGUCUCUAAACAAGGUAAGCGUUGAUGGAAUUUCGAAAUAUUAUACCGUUUUGUAGCUGAGAUCUCAGGCUUUCGUUUGAUGUAUCGUUUGCCAUAUUUGGACCAAAUUACAGUAAUCUAGCCUUAAUAAAAAAUUAUCAAAAAAAGGUUGGUUCGCACUAUCAUAUUGUACCGGCAAAAACAGAAUGCGAAAGUUUCAGAAGCUACGUAAAAUAUCAACGCCAUGUUCGGCUAGUGUGUUCUGUGUCUGAAUAUGGUGAAACGGUGGUUUAAAAAUUUUCGAUCUGACGGCGAGGGACCCAAAGAUAAAGUACGGCAUCCAGACUUUAUGAAUUUACCCUGAGGUCAUUGGUUGACGCCCGUCCUAGAAUCAACAUCCGACGCAUCUGUGACAUCAUCUGGGUGUUGAAAUAAUUGGGAGCUAACUCUUCGACGUUGAUUAAAUUCAACAAAAUGCUGGGCAACUUGCUACCACAUUAUUGGAUCAAAGCAAAGAAUGAAGGGGCCACAUUUCCCGUUUUUGCGAGCCGGAAAACAAUUUUUCUGGAUCAGAUUGUGGCCUAUGAUGAAAACCGGGUCUACUACGACAAUCAGACGAGACAUGCCUAAUGGAGUUCUCCGAGGGCUUCACCGUGGCACUUGUCAAAGCUCGGCUCCCCCCAAAACAAAGUGAUGACUACUUCUUGAUGGUGCAGCAUGGGAAUAGUAAAAUAUAGCUUCUUGAAAGCCGGCUAAAAUGUAAAUACCAUCCCCUAAUGUACCCAGAUAGACAGUUUGUGGCAGCAUCUGCCUUCAACGAUGCGCCGCAGAAGUCCAAAAAUUCUUAGCGGCAGCAGGAACCUCGCCGUUGAAAAAUGACCCUCCAGAAGCCGAUUUAAUAGAGAUACAAGACUGUCCCUCGUCCAGCGUAUUUGCCAAAGCUGGCUUACACAUACCACCAUCCGGUCAAGAAUCUAGCACGUUUCAUCAGUGGUAGGGAAUUCGACAAUCAAGACGCCCUUGAAAAGGCCUUCAAAAGUUUCAUCGGCUCCAGAAGCCGGGGUUUCUAA